AUGGAUGCAUCUGCAGACCUCGGGUUUGACUACAAGCCCGACCUUCCAGUCCCCAUUUCCUUGGUGGGCGGAAGAUAUCUGCUUUUCGACGUCAAGAUCGCCACUUUUCUUCGACGUGAACACCGAAUCUGCGGCACCACCAUCGGCACUCUUCCGUUGAGCCCGUCCCAGAAUCUAUUCCUCGGCGUGCCGGUGGAGAUCAUGCCGGAAGAAGCUCAGCUUCUGGUUGAACAGGGCGUGGCAUUAAUUGUCGAUGACCCACGAGCCCAUGACGAAGCAAUUCGCUCCGCCGACAAGGCCCGACGGGCAGACUACCUAGCGAGGAUACAGAAGCAGUCGACGCAGGUGGAACAGCUGAGAGUAGAGGAGAAAGAAGCGUCACGGAAACGUGCCUUGGACAAGCGAUCCACGAACAGCCUAGCGCAGCCCUCUGCGACGAGUUCAGACCGGCCUGCUAACGCCAACGCCAACGCCAACGCCGGGCUGUUCGACUUUGGCGAAAGUGAGGCUCCCACAGCCAGGCCAGCUGAUAGCAGCGCUGGUCACGAUGCGGCCCAUCCUAGUGUAGAAUCACCGGUGAAGGUGCUGCCUAACGCCACAUCAUCAAGCAACUAUCACGUUACGCCUGCCACGUCUCGGCUUCUUCUGCCGACUCCUCCAUCCACGCCUAAAUUGGAGAUAGAUGACUUGCCGUCCUCCUAUCCCCUAUACCGGCAUCUCCACAACAGAGGGUUCUUCAUGACGCCCGGGCUACGGUUCGGCUGUCAGUACACUGUCUAUCCAGGCGAUCCUCUUCGGUUCCAUUCCCACUUCCUUGCCGUGGGAACUCAAUGGGACGAAGAAAUCGAUCUGAUGGAGCUGGUCGGUGGUGGCCGACUCGGCACCGGUGUCAAGAAAGGUUUCUUGCUGGGUGGCGCCGAUCCCAGCGGCGAGGUCCGGACUUUCAGCGUUGAAUGGGCAGUAAUGUGA